AUGGCCACCGAGGACGACGCCACCCCCGGCAUCAUCGCCCCCGGCCCGGAGCUGCGGGCAAAGAUUGAGAAGUCGGCCGCCAGCCUCGCAAAGCGCGACAAGCGCAAGGCGGAGGAGAUGAUGGCCAAAGUCCUCGCCAGUCCGAAGCGAGAGGAGUUUCUCUACUUUGAGAUGACCCACGUGUUUUACCCCUUUUUCCUGCAGCGGCUGAACGAGUACCGCGCCCAUCCCGAGCUCAUUCCCACCGACGAGAAGAAGGAGCAGGCGCAGGGCACGGCGGCCGCCGCCGCAGUGACAGCGACAACGACGAUCAAGGCGGGAGGCAUUGUGCGACGCGAGGGCGGCACGGCGGCGCGCCACGACCCAAAACGCGAUGAGGCGCUGCGGCAGGCGGAGGUGGAGGCGCAGCGCUACUUGGAGGACCCAUUUCCCAACCGCUACUCCCUCGACCUGCUGCACGGCACCAUUAACAUGCCGGCACUGACGCUGAGUUACAUGACCUGCACCGCGCAGUACGUCGCCAAGUACGGGGAGCGAUUCCUGAAGGAAAUACUUGGCAGGUACCGCAACAACGCGGCGUUUCGGUUUCUCCUCAGCGAGGAUGUGCGCCACAGCGUCUUUCUGAAGCUCGUGGAGUCCUACCGGUUGAUUUUAAAUUACGACCCCGACGAGGUAGAGGACAGGCUAGAGCGCUACCGCUCCGCUCAGGAGAUUCUCAACACGAUAUGCGAGGAAAAAGUGAAGUACGCCAAGGCCGCCAUCGCCCGGCGCAAGGCCGCCCUGCUCACCGACGAAGAGCUUCGAGACAGGCUUGAGUGGAACGUGUUUACCGUCGUGCAGCAGUUUUCGUUGAGCGACUUGGGCCUAGACGGUCCAAUGCCGCAGUCUGCCGCCGCCCACCGCCGCCAGCUCCCAGAGGUCGCCAACGGCGGCAGUACGUUAGAGGCGCCCACGCUUUCCACGGCGGCAGCAGCGGCAGCGCCGAUGUCGGAGGUCCCUGCGGGCCCCCCACGAAUGCUGCGCCCUCCGGAAGGCGUCAUGGCGCCGCCGACGUUCACGCCCACCUUCAUUAGCAGCAGUCUUGUGACCUCCACCGACCCCACCGCUCCGCUCGCCCGACGGAAGAGGGGCCACGACGAGGUGGACGCGCGGCACAGUCCCCGGGGCGGGGACUCCGCCAGUGCUCCCCGCGACAGGCGCGGCUAUGAGGAGGCGCGGGGCAACGACCCCGCAAAACGAAGCCGGGUUUGA